CGCCAAUUCGCCCGCCGCUCUCGCUCCCUCCCCCACUCUCUCUCUCUCUUUCUUCUCGCCGCGUACACGCGCGCCCACCCCGCUCGCGCCACCUACCCUUUCACGGCCUCCCCCACGAUCCCGAGCCACCACCAGGUAGGCGGCCCCCGCCGCGGGGCGGCCGGGCUCGCGCCGAUGGCGGCGUCCCUCGCCGCCGCCUCCGCGCGCUUCGUCGCCGGCGGCGAGGCCUCGCCGGCGCGGCCCUGGGCCGCGGCCGCGCGCGUCCCCGGCGUCGCCGGGCGGCGCCGGCGCCCCGCCGCGGGCGUGCGCUGCGGAGGGGCGAGGGCGCCCGGCGCCGGCGGCGGGGUUUUUCCGGAGGAGGCGGAGGCGGAGGAAGGGGGCCGGUUCGUGGGGUGGUUCCGGGAGGCGUGGCCGUACAUCCGGGGCCACCGAGGGAGCACCUUCGUCGUCGUCGUCUCGGGGGAGGUCGUCGCCGGACCCCACCUCGACGGCAUUCUGCAGGAUAUAUCCCUUCUUCAUGGUCUUGGGAUCAAAUUUGUUCUCGUUCCUGGAACGCAUGUCCAGAUUGAUAAGCUCUUGGCUGAGAGAGGAAAGAAGGCUAAGUAUGCUGGUCGCUACCGUAUUACCGAUUCAGAUUCAUUAGAGGCUGCAAUGGAGGCAGCUGGACGAAUACGGCUAACUAUAGAAGCGAAGCUAUCUCCUGGCCCACCAAUGUUAAAUCUCCGCCGACAUGGUGUUAACGGUCGCUGGCACGAGAUUGCUGAUAAUGUUGCAAGUGGAAAUUUUCUUGGUGCUAAGAGGCGAGGGGUUGUUGGUGGCAUUGAUUAUGGAUUCACUGGUGAAGUUAAGAAAAUAGAUGUUUCACGGAUAAGAGAAAGGCUUGAUAGAGACAGUAUAGUUGUUGUGAGCAAUAUGGGAUACUCCAGCGCAGGGGAGGUCUUAAAUUGCAAUACCUAUGAAGUUGCUACAGCAUGUGCUUUAGCCAUAGAGGCGGACAAGCUUAUUUGCAUUGUUGAUGGCCAAAUAUUUGAUGAGCAUGGCCGAGUCAAUCGUUUCAUGUCUAUUGAGGAGGCAGAUAUGUUGAUCAGGACACGUGCUAAGCAAAGUGAGAUUGCUGCGAAUUAUGUGAAGGUUGUUGAUGAGGAGGACAUUAAUCAUGUCCGCAACCUCCAGAUGAAGCAGGAUUCAGAACAUGGUUUGAAUGGAAGGAGCCAUAUUAAUGGGUAUACUGAUUCAAAACAUGGUUUGAAUGAAAGGAGCCAUAUUAAUGGGUAUACUGCAUCUUUUCGCAAUGGUGUGGGUUUCAAUAAUGGAAAUGGUCUGUCUGGUGAGCAAGGGUUUGCUAUUGGUGGGGAGGAACGCUUGAGCAGGUCAAAUGGUUACCUUUCAGAGUUGGCUGCAGCAGCUUAUGUAUGCCAUGGUGGUGUCCAAAGAGUUCAUAUCGUGGAUGGUACUGUAGGUGGAUCAUUGUUGUUGGAACUAUUCACCAGAGAUGGUGUUGGAACGAUGAUAGCUAGGGAUAUGUAUGAAGGCACAAGAAUGGCUAGAGAGGAAGAUCUUUCAGGUAUUAGAAAGAUCAUUCAUCCUCUAGAAGAAUCUGGUGUCCUGGUGCGCCGAACAGAUAAAGAGCUUCUUGAAGCACUGACAUCAUUCAUCGUCGUGGAACGAGAUGGUUCGAUCAUAGCGUGUGCUGCUCUCUUUCCUUAUAUUGAGGAUAAAUCCGGAGAAGUUGCUGCUAUUGCUGUCUCCGAAGAAUGUCGAGGACAAGGUCAAGGAGACAAGUUACUUGAUUACGUUGAGAAGAAGGCUUUAUCUCUUGGACUGGAGAAAUUAUUUUUGCUUACUACACGGACAGCUGAUUGGUUUGUUCGUCGCGGUUUCAAGGAGUGCUCGAUCGAAUCCCUGCCAGCGGAGAGGAGAAAACGGAUCGACCUUUCGCGCGGGUCCAAAUACUACAUGAAGCAGCUCCAGGCUGCAGAGAUAGGGCAUAUGGCUGUCAACGGUUUUGCCAUGAGAUGAUGCGUGUUACAAACACGCAGGUUUACAGAUCUAGUUGUUGCACACGAGGGUUGUUUGAUGACCCCUGCAGCGGUUGUACAUUGUAGAGUUUGUGUAUUUUGCAAGUAAAUAAUCAAUGUAUUCGCAUAAAAAGAAAGUAAAUAAUCAAUGCGAUGGCAGUUCUCGAGUAGGAGUUUGUGUAUCUUUGGCUGGCUAAUGGCUUUGAGCCAGUUGUUUUCUUGUACCA